AUGUUGACUGUGGCAUAUGGUGAAGCUAUCUUGGUCCGAAGCAACGUUUAGCGGUGGUACAAAAUGUUUUCAGUGGGCCGGGAAGAUGUGAACGACCAAGAGAGUGCCGGAUACCCGAGCACGUCAACAACAGACGAAAACAUUGAUGAAGUGAAGAAAAUAGUAUUGGCCAAUCAUCGAAUCACCGUUAGAGAAGUUACUGAGGACCUAAACAUAUCGAUCGGCUCCUGCCAUUCGAUUUUUAGCAAUGAUUUGAGCAUGAGACGGGUCAUCGCGAAAUUCGUAUCAAAACUACUCAAUUUCGACCAAAAACAGCAAAGGCAACAACGUUGUCGUCCGUGACGACUGGUGACGAAU